AUGUGGCCGGCCUGGGCGAGAGUUGGACACGCACGCGGCCAGGAAUCGUUCCAUCUCGGCCUUCGUGGCCGUGUGCGCCAGUAUCUGUGGCGCGUGGCCUCCGGAUGUUCCACAAGAGGAGCCAGCCUUGUGUCCCGAAGUUCUUCUUCGUCUGAGACGGAGGAGGAGUCUCAGUUUGACCCGCGAGGCCUCCAGGAUUCUUUUCAGAACAUGCGAAUCCAGUCAUGCGUGCUUCCAGCUCCUUGGUAUAUUUUGUCAAUGCGCUGGAUGUCUGUGGCGACCCGCGCCAGCGGCGGCUGCCGGUCGGCACGGCCCGGCGCGCCCGCGGAAACAGCGGCGGGCUGGCGCGGGCCCGGCGCGGCGAUGCAAGAGGACCCCACUCGGACGUGUGCGUUCCCCACCCUCCCCUUCUUUGCGUGU